GGCCAAUCCACAACAGUAACGUUCAUGAUUGAUGACGGCCCAAUUCGACAUCAUCGACCAACUCCGCAUUCCGCUCAGCGCAACGCCGAUGUAACAACUUGAAUUGACCACUUAUACUGUAAUCAUGAAGCGCCGUUAUGGAAGCCCCAACCUCGGAUGGCUGCACCCCGAGAAUUUUUGCGGCGAGCCUGUUUACUGCGAGGCACUGCACAACCCCGACGGCGUCCUGUACUCUGGGUCCGACGAUGAGGCUUACAACAGCCCGAGCGAGCGCCGCAUCCGCUAUGAGACCCAGGCAAAGCGCUUUCUCGAGGGUAAGCCCGUCUUCCUUCUCUCGGCUUCGUUGCGCGGACCAUUCGACAGGAAGUCGGGCUGGCUGAACCCAUGGCGGUCCAAGUCGGCAUCCCGAGCGAAGAAGGUUCAAAAGAACCGGGUCCCAACAGCCAAGAAGGCGAGGAUGGUGGAACAAUGCGAGAUCAAUGGCGCUUCCGAGUCUAGCAGCUUCCACCACGACAUUCCAGAGAGCAGCUCCGCAUUACCUCCGAACGCCCCCAGCUACAUCCCUCUACGUUAUAUGGACGGCGAAUCGUUCCAUCGGGUAUGGGAUUGGCGUAAUAGAGUAGUUGCUGAGAGUGAGACUCUUACGAGUCCGACUCCGCAUGCAUCCCAGACGGAGCCUGCUUCGGCCGACUCUAGGCGAGCAACUCAACAAACAGCCUGGAGGAGAUUCGGUUCCACACUUGGUACAAUAGGCGAUGGCGCUGGGAACCUUGCGCCGUACACGCCGACCGUGCAGACUGAUGCUGAACAACGGGGUGCUUCCGGCUUACCGAACCGAGAUAGUUCCCAGGCGACACCGAGCUUACCAGCCAAGACUAGGCCAGACUCAAACCAGGCUCCCCUGUAUACGGCCAACCUUUCCCCGAGCGCAGUGCCUAGCAACGAGCGAUCGGUUCUGUCGCGGCGGAGGGUUCGUUCAACACCCGUGAACCCAGCAGCUUCACAAGAGGAGACUGCGGCAAAGGUUUUGGCAAAAAAGAAACUUGGAAGGAAGGCGAGCUUGCAAGAAAGUAUUAGCAAUCCCAACUGCGUCAGGCCCGAGGGGACCGCAUUAUCUGCGCUGCAAAUGGCCCAGGCAAGCGCCCGCACAGAUGGGAGCUUCCGCUACCGACGAAAGGGUUCUCGAGAGAAAGGGUCAUCCUUGACCGGAAGCAAACCGGCUGGCCCUCCUUCUGCGCCCAGCGACACACCAGAAGAGCAACAUCCCGACAACCGGACGUCCUCGGAACAGGCGGUGAAGGAUUCAGAGGCUGCCCUCACAAUCGAUGAGGUCGCUGUUUGCGCUCAGGAACAGGAUCCGCCAGGGGAUAUGCCCGUUCCUUCCCCUUCUCGGAGGCCCCUACAGUCGAAUGGGCAAGCAGCCGAGCAGGACUCGCAGAUUGACGGGCCAACAUUAGUUCCAUCGCCCUUCGGGCACUUCUCAUGCGAGAAGCACUCACAGGACAUCAUACCGGAGACCGUUGGAUUACCCAGGAGACUAUUGUGGCCCAAACGGCGCAGCGCGAGCAGGGACUCCCAGCCAGUGUUUGGUCCAGAAGCAACAGGCACCCGGGUGUCAAAACCCGGGUUUGACCGUCAAGACACUGUAACUCAACCUCCGGAAUCAAAGAAAGCCGAGCAACCUGUUAAGGUCUGUGAGCAGGCCGAGGAGGAUGUGGGGCCUGUCGAGGUGGAAGACGAGGAUGUGGACGGAACGAAUCAAGUGCUGGCAGAGGCUGCGGCCGAAUAUGGCUUUGCAAGCGACGCAAAAGCCGAGGUGCAACACGCCUCCCCAACCCCUGCAUCAGAGCCGCAAAGCCCUUGGAUACAGGGCGAUGGACCUCCUCGAGACACAAUUUCCCAGGCACCAGGCAGCCAGUCGAAGCCGGCUAAAGCCACCCAAAGCCCGUGGAUCAAGGAAACAGAUGCGGAGCCGGGCGUCUCGGGCAUCCCACAGCUUCCUGAUCCCAACAAUGCAAGACUCUCCUUCAUCGCUAGCCAAGCUCUCGAACAGCCAGCGUCUCAGAGUCCCUGGGCGAGAGGCGAUUCGCAGCUGCAGCUGCCGGAGGUCCGGUUGUUCAACCCAUUGUCCUCGCCCGCCAACAGUCAUGUACUACGUACCGCCGAUCCCACGUCUCAUGCACUGGCACCGCGUGCCGAAGACAUCGACAUGUGCGACAGUCAACUGUGCCCUCCGCGCCCAUCCACCCCCGAGGCGAAACGAUCUGGCCUACCAAGCCCAGAUUUCACACUGUCAGUCAAGUCCUUCAAGGAAUUCAUGACGCCCUCUCCGCAGCCCGCCGCCAAAAGACGCCGCAUCUCGACCACCGCAGACGACCGUCUCCCGAGCACCCAGACCCUCGUAGAUGCAGUUAUCUCCAACACCUGGACAAGACUGUCAACUACAAAGCCAAAGAAGGAACAGAAUCAUCCCCGCCCCCGGAAACGCGUCUCCUGGGCGCCCCUACCGGACGACGAACCGAGUACAUCUUUUCCCCGCCUGGACAACACGACCACCACCUCAAACCCCUACACCUCCGAACUCACAACCCCACUCACCCGCAGACAAAACCAAGCCGUCCCCGCUUCUCACAGAUACCGCACCACCUCACCGCCCCCAUCCAUCCUCUCCCUGUCCGCCGCCCCCACGAAACUUCCGGGCGCAAACCAAAAGUUCGGCAAGCACUUUGCGGCCGUGGCCAGUCGAAGAAGGGUAGGUAUAUCGACGCCUACGCCGCUCCGGAACAGGGACAUCAACAGCAACAAUAACCACAGCGACAACAAAACCAAUAAAGGGAUGGGAAAAGACGAAGAAGAAGAGCAGAAAAAGGUUGUUAAGGGACUGCUGCCGAGUGCCUCGCAGCAGGUGUGUGGGAGUCCUGCGGUCGGGGGCAUGGCGGAGGCGUUUCUCAGGGCGGAUGCUACUUCUUCUUCUGCUGCUGCUGCUGUUGAGUCUGAUCUGGCCUUGGGCGUGAAUGUGGCAGAUCAGCAAGGGGAGGGGGUUGGGGACGGGGAUGAAGAUGAUGGGGAGGAGGAAGAAGAGGAGGAGGAGGAGGAGGAGGAGGAGGAGAUGACGCUGGAGACUUCGAUUCCACGACAGCGGAUGGACGAGGAGGAUGAAGGGCCGGUAGACGAGGUCAGUGCGGUGAUGGAGAACUUGGAUGAUUUUCUUGGAGGGAACUGGGAUCUUGAGGCGGACCUUGCGAGGGCGAGAGCUGGAACGGAGCGGGAGGACCGCGCGGUGUCGUCUUGUGAGGGAGUCGGGAUAGCUGGGUUGAUGGAUGAUAGUGUUUGGGACUGAGGUGGUUUAUCACUAACUCGUCCUGAUGGCUGGAAUGGAAGAGGUUGUGUAUUUGCUGGGUGGUUUGAAAGUGUCUGAUGGCUUGGCUUGAUGCUCCUCGUCUCUGUUUUCGGUCUUAUUAUACCCUGGGACGGGAGGUUAGGUCACGCAUUGCAUCGGUUUGGGUCGGCUUCGUUGUACGUUGCUCAUAUUUGAUAGCGCUCAGAGACUUGAAGCGUAUUCUGCGGAGGGCAAAAGGUUGUGUCAAAUAGACCCUUUGGUAAC